UUUUGGUUCAUGUUAGUGAACGUAGCCUCAGCGUCAUUUCACCUUUCCAUCCUAAGGCUUUUUGUUUUCAGCAGCGGUAAAUGCUACAAGUAUUCAGAUUAAUCUGAAAUCUUAUUUGUUGUCUCUCAGUUAACAGAGGGAGCAGCUGUUCGGACAUUGAACUCUUUCCGAAUCUAUACUAGGCAACGUUCGCUUGUUGGCUAACGCCAGCCUAAGGUUGACCCAUGUCCUCUGAAGAGGGUUUGAGCUCAGCAAUUUCGGACUGGCUCUUUUCUAACUCUUGGUGGUUGCUUCUCCCUUUCAUUAUGCUUUUAGUGGUUGCGGCAUUUAUCGUGGCCUUCGUCUUACUCCUGUAUAUGAUAUCCCCUUUAAUAAGCCCCAAACCGCUCAAACUCAAAGGGGCCCAUGUCGUGGUAACUGGUGGCAGCAGUGGAAUUGGGAAGUGCAUUGCUAUUGAGUGCUAUAAACAAGGUGCCUUCAUCACAUUAGUGGCACGUGAUGAGAACAAGCUGAUUCAAGCAAAGAAAGAAGUGGAAAAGUUUGCAAUUAAUGACAAACAGGUGGUGCUCUGCAUUUCUGUUGAUGUGUCCAAAGAUUACAGCCAAGUGGAGAGUGUCAUAAAACAAGCUCAGGAGAAACUGGGUCCUGUGGACAUGCUGGUGAACUGCGCAGGGAUGUCUGUCUCUGGGAAGUUUGAAGAGGUGGAUGUCAAACGCUUCCAGAGUCUAAUGGAGGUGAACUACCUGGGCAGUGUGUAUCCAACGCGGGCCGUCAUCACCACUAUGAAAGAGAGGAGGAUGGGACGUGUCGUAUUCAUUUCCUCUCAGGCUGGCCAGCUUGGCCUCUUUGGCUACACUGCAUACUCCUCCUCCAAAUUCGCUCUCCGUGGCUUGGCUGAGGCCCUCCAGAUGGAGGUAAAGCCCUAUAACGUCUACGUGACAGUGGCUUACCCACCUGACACUGACACACCAUGCUUGACAGAAGAGAAUAAGACCAAGCCUUUAGAGACCAAGUUGAUCUCUGAGACAUCUGGAGUGUGCCAGCCCGAGCACGUGGCCAAAGUUGUCGUCAGAGACGCUGUACAGGGGAACUUCAGCAGCUCCAUCGGACCUGAUGGCUACAUGCUUUCGGCUCUCACCUGUGGGAUGUCCCCUGUCACUUCCAUUACUGAGGGACUACAGCAGAUUGUGACCAUGGGUCUCUUCCGCACCAUCGCGCUCUUCUAUCUGGGCAGCUUUGACAGUAUCAUACGCCGUUGUAUGAUCCAGAGGGAGCAGUCCAAAGCUUCUGACAAGAGAGAGUAACCCUAGCAGUCCUGAAAUGUCUGGACCAUUUACACCCCAGCCCCUGCAUCACUACCCCUUUAGAAGGGCCACUCUAGGCCCUUUAAUGCACGCACACACACUACAUAACAAUCUUGAAUCAGGCAAAAGUGGAGCUUCUUAGUCGCACGUGUUCAUAACAGUAGUUCUCGUGGUGUCCAUCCACCACUUUCAACUACUUUUUCCACCUGUACAUUUGCGAUUUUGGUACUUCAGUAUCAAAAUGAUUUACGUCCACCCCCUCAACCCACCUCCAUGCAUAUGUGGCAACCGAUUCCAUUCAUUUGAGUUUUGUUUGAGGACCCAUUGUGUUGCCUCAUCCCACCCUGUACAUUAUACAGUAUAUUACAAGGAUGGUUAUUUGGAAGAUCUGUGAUUCCAGUUUCAAAUUUCCACAUAUCUCCCAAUCAUCGUUUGGAAAAGGGGGGAAAAAAAAAGGACAAGUACAGAGGCUACCUUUAGGUUACAUAUGCUUUAAAACAAACAAAUCAGUCUAUAGACUUCGUACCCUAGACUUCAGGCUUCUAAAGUUAUGCUCGGAGUGCUACCUGAAUUAAGACUUGACAAACUAGGUCAUUUUUAUUUUGAUACACCUUGUCUUGUGAAACUCUUUGAAAGAGAUGUCACCAUGUGCCAUACAAGUUUGAUGUGAUCUUAUCACUUGCGCAGAAUAGACGCCUUGCAAUCUUUUUAGUAGUGGUCAGGUUGACUACCUUUGCAGGCAAAGGUAAACGUUUGAUGUUCUAUGUUUUGUUUGUGUGUCGUGUGUCCAGUACUGAGUCACACAUGCAGCCAGCCCACUUUAAUCCUAAUUUUUUUUUUUUAAGGUAAAAACGCUGAUACUCAGUGUUGAACAAGUUUGACGUGCAAGCUUUCUGUAUUCUAGGAUAUAACGGCGUUAGUCUGCCAAUUUGCCUUAUCCUCAAUUUUUUGCAUGGGGGUCCUAAUGGAGAUGUUUACUGUACGUGUGUCUUGGGGGGGGGGUAAUAUGUAUGUCCUGGAGGACCUCAGGGGACACUUAGGGUCCACUGAAAUGCAGGAUGGUGGCAAGACAAGCCAUUGAGGUGCUGACUUGCUGGUUCAAGUCAUUCCAUCCCUCUGCCAGCAGAGGGAGCUGGAGAAACAAGGGAUUAGCCAUGAGCCUGGUGUUUCCCAACCCAGUAAAUAGGGACAGCCCAGUCAGUCCACGGUUUUUAAAAAUCCCAGCUUCCAGUACAAUUGUGCCAGGUAUUCCUUGUUCUUGACUGCUUGGUUCUGGUGACAGAGCAAAAAAAAAAGUGACCCUUCUGGGUACUCAGCAAUGGUGCCCCAGAAUAGCAAAACACAACUGUUUUGAACGGAAGAGGACUGAACUGUCUGUGUGUGAUUAAACUGUAUAUUUAAGUGUAUAUUUUAGCAUCCACGCUAGUACUUCAGAAACACACAACACUAGAGAACAGGGUUGUUUUUAAAACAGCAGCACGGCUUCCUUGUACUGAAUGAAGCACUGUAUCGAAGUUUCCUUUGUUUUACUGUGAUGUAACUUCGAGUUGAGUUUUUAGUCGAGUUGCAUUUCAUGUGCUGUAACAUUUAGAUCAAGUGCUUUCUGAGAAACCUGUGCUACACAGACCCUACAGAAAAUAAACUGAUGCGCAGAAAAAGAAGUGAACUCCUUUUCGUCUUACUUUGCUGUUGUCGCCUGUGGGAGGAAUGUGAUCUUACUACCACCACAGGAAUUCACGAUGGGUCUUUCUGGAGGUGUCUGCCAUCUUCCAAACUCCAACUUGAACUAAAAAAAGAGUGGCACUAAUACAAUACGACACUGAGAUUCUUUUUUUUAAAUUUUCUUUUGGUAUUUUUUUAUUUUACAGUUUCGCUUUUAUGUUUACCAAUAGGAUGUAGCUCUCUAAUGCGGUCAGAUGCUACAGUAAUGGAGGCCCGUUCUAAGCCUUAAGAUGUAAGUUAAUGCAGACCAUGUCAGAGCUAUAGGCAUGGAUAAGCCCAGAGCAGGCUGUGGCAUCGCUCAUGGGCAGGUUACAUUUUUGUGUGACACUUGUGACUUUCUAUACAGUCUUAACUAAAUGAUGAUCUCACCUCCCCUGUCCAUUUUGCUUCACUUUUAGAUUUAUAUUUAUUCAUUAUAAGGCCUUAUUUGGACCUGAAGUAUGAAAGAGAAUGCGUGAGUCAUAGUGAUGACGUUCUCAUUUGACAUCGGUUCAAGGUUCACUGUCCAGCACAGAUAGAUACAGUUUAGUUAUUGCUAUUUUUAGGACUUACCAUUAAGUAGGGCCCGCUCAUUUCACAAUACCGACUUCAUUCAAUAAGUAGCUAAUAGACAAGCAAUGAUCUUUUAAAUCUUUAAAGCUAUGCAAAUAAAGCAUGUGCUCAUAAAUUACAAAAAUCAUGCUCAUGCUAUAGUUUAAUCUUUUGUUGUUUGAUGUUUUAAGACAUAUUUAAGUGAAAUUGAUUAGUUUCAAAAUUAGGUAAAUAAGACCAGCUUUGACACAUUCUGCUUCCCUCUUUGGUGUCUCACUUUAAUUUCUGGUUGCCAAACUUUCACCUUGUGUGCCUCUGAAAAAAGGAGGACGUUGUUGCUUUGUCUUAUUUUCUUAUAUGAUCAAAUAAAAAUAAAAAAAAAACUCUGGAAAGUUA